CAAUGAGCUUCACUUUACCAUCAGUCAUUCUCAAAAUUUGUCAAAUUGUUGCACUUGCCGCUGGUUUAGGAUGUGUUGGUUACUUCACAAAAGUGUUCGUUGAUAUUUAUGAUGAUGCAAAGUCAGAAGCAUAUAAACGAGGAGCUCUUGGUAGACAGGAAUUUUUUCUCCAUACGACCGGCGUUGGAGUUGUUAUUUCAAUCGUUGGAUUGGUUCUCAACUUUAGUGGAUUAAUGAAUAAAAAGCACAAUGCUGUAGCUAUGGCAGCAGUGCAAGGUGUAUGGGCGAUACAGUUAUUGGUCACCACCUGCCUAAUAACCGUUGUCUUCUCUUCGUACAACAAGGACGAGGACUUACUUCUAGCAGGCAAGUCUUUGUGUGAAGUUUGGGAUGACGCUGCAAUUUGGAAAAAUGAUAACACCUGUGGUCAAAUGAUUGGUGGAAUCGUCUCUGGUUUUAUUGCCACCAUAUUGUAUGGAGUGGAUGCUAUUUUCACUUUCGCAACUUCUACGGAACAAAGUUAAAAUGGAAGCAAAUUUAUCGCAUUUAGUCCUCAACCAACAAACAAAAACUAAUAUUUUUGUGUCAUUUAGGUUAUUGUAACAUUUUCAUGUAAAGUAACUGUUACAUCAUUAAGCAUGCAUUUGAAUAAAAAUAAGAAUUUUCGUC